AACUACUGUCAAAACAAAAGAGGUCAACCAUCAGCGUCAAUAAACAAGGAUUCAUUCGAUGAUCUGGUAGGGGCUUGAAUUCGUCACUGUCUAUUUUCAAAGAUGGAGACAAACUCACUUAGCUCCAACAUGGAGGGGCAGGUGGCGGCGAUACAGAAUGUUGAGUCUAGGUCACAACAAGCCCCUGAUAAGAGCACCGUCCUUGCAGUCUUACAGCUUUUGAGGAAGUACAACUUAAAGGGGACGGAAGAAAGUUUGCUGCGAGAAGCCAAUGUCAACUUGGACAUUGGCAAUCAAGGUUCCGAGUCUGAAGUCAACACGGUUUUGUCCGCUUACAAAAGUGAAGGCAAUCCAGAGUUUUACGAAGAAGCAUACACAGAUCUGAAGAAGUUUGUGGAAGGUGCAUUGGACACAUACAAGCAUGAGCUGGGAAUGGUGCUGUAUCCUGUGUUUGUGCACAUGUACCUGGAACUGGUGUAUAAUGGACAUGAAGCUGCGGCCGUCAAGUUCAUGGACAAGUUCAGCGGAGACCAGGAGGUUUACUAUCAGGAAGAUCUGCGCAAACUCGCUCAAGUCACCAAGAAAGAUCAGAUGAAGGGCAAUGAACUCGCUGAGACGUUCAAAUCCAACGAGUUCAUCAUCCGCAUGUCACGAGACACGCUGACGCUGCUGAAGCGACAUCUGCAGGAGAAGAAACACAGCGUUUUGCUAAACAUCAUCCAGGAACAUCUGUACUUCGACAUGUACGAGGGCGUGGCCAGGAACAAGCAGCAGAUAGAUGCUACCGCAGGCGGCAUGGUGGGGGAGGCGACCAGACAAGACAACAAGACCAAGAUAUACUACGGCAUGUUGAAGGAGCCGGACAUUCAGUAUGUACCAGCUGACGAGGAGGAGGAUGGUGGAGAGGGAGAGGGCGGGGACAAGCCAAAGAAGAAGAAGGCCAAGAAGGAUCCAUUGUUGUACAAGAAGGCAAAGUCCGAUCCCAACGCUCCUCCUUGCGACAGACUGCCAUUACCAGAACUGAAAGACGCAGACAAGUUGGAGAAGGUGAAGGCCAUGAGGGAAGCCAUCAAGAGAGUGACUCUAGGUCCAGACAAUCUUCCCUCCAUCUGUUGCUACACUCUACUCAACGCUGCACACACGGUGACUUGUGCUGAGAUCGCUGAGGACUCCAGCAUUCUCGCUGUUGGAUUCUCAGAUUCUAUAGUCAAAGUUUGGAGUUUGAUGCCACAGAAGUUGCGAGCGAUGAAGUCAGCUGAAGUGCUGCAGGAUAUCGAUAUUGAGGCAGAGGACGUACUGGCUAGGAUAAUGGACGACCGUAACGCAGAGACCACCAGAAGUCUGUUGGGCCACAACGGUCCUGUGUACAAAGUUUCCUUCAGUCCAGAUAGAUCCCUGCUGCUCUCUUGCUCUGAAGACUCCACAAUCAGAUUGUGGAGUCUGAUGACGUGGACGUGUCUGGUCACGUACAAGGGUCACAUGUUCCCAGUGUGGGAUGUCAAGUUCUCCCCGCACGGCCACUACUUUGCGACAGCCGGACACGACCGAACAGCCAGACUCUGGGCAACAGAUCAUCACCAGCCUUUGCGCAUCUUCGCCGGCCACUUCUCUGAUGUCGAUUGUGUCCAGUUUCACCCGAACUCCAACUACGUCGCGACCGGGUCGAGUGAUCGCACAGUGCGGCUAUGGGAUUGUGUAACGGGCAAUCACGUGCGACUCAUGACUGGACACAAGAGUCCGAUCUACGCUUUGUGUUUCUCCAUCGAAGGUAGAUUCCUGGUGUCGGCCGGUGGAGAUCUGCGUAUUCUGCUGUGGGACUUGGCUCACGGUCACUUAUUGGCCGAGCUGACGGGACACACGAGCAGCAUACACACGCUGUGCUUCAGUAGAGAUGGACAUAUCCUCACCUCAGGUUCUCUAGACUCAUCUAUUAAAGUGUGGGACUUCACCAAACUGACAGAAGAGGUUACUCUGGAGGACGUCAACAUAUCACACAACCCCGAGGUGAAGAAGAACGGUGAGAACUACUUGCUGCGCUCCUACGCUACCAAGAGCUCGCCUGUGCUGUGCCUGCACUUUUCCAGAAGAAAUGUUUUAUUAGCUGUUUGUAUGUACGAUUCGUCUUAGAUAAACUUAUUUUUUGUAAACAAA